AUGGAGAAGGAUUUCCCAUCAACACCCACUCCUGUCAGCACCCAGGAGUCAUGCCCUGCCCAGGAUGGACUCUCUCUUCCCUCCCCCAUACAGAUUCCUCCUUCGCCCGUCUCCAGUAACCUCUCCGCUGCACCCUCUCAACCCGCCAAAUCUUCAUCCUCCACAGGAACACUGACAGAACCUAGAAAAUCCUCCGAUUCCUCUCCACAAUCAGCACAAACCAUGUCUAUACCAGUGGACUCCCUUCCCUCUUUAGAUGGGUCAAAGCCCUUAUUUGCUGAUGUGUCCUCUAAACCCACCUGUAAAACUGUUUCCACUAAACCCUCCUCUCCUGCUCCAAACAAAACACCACUUUUUACCUCUCCUAACCGCUCUACCCCUCAAAUCUCCAAAAUUUCACCCAUUCCCCAGCUCACCUCUGUCUCUGCUACUUCAACCAGCAUGGCCUGUAACACUCUGACAGAUUCCCCUCCCUCUUCCCCCACCACUGCUUCAACCACGGCUCCUGCAUCUUCUUCCACCGCCCCCGUGAAACACACCUUUGCUUCAGUGGCCAAGCGGGUGAUAAUACAGGAAAGAAUUAGAAAAGCAGAGGAAAGGGAUGCCGAUGAUGAAGAAGAUGAUGAAGAACCAGAGGAAGAUUUGUCCGUGGAGCAGAUGGAGGAGAAGGCUAAUGCGGGUGAUGCUGGAGCUCAGACCCGGCUGGGUCAGCACUACUUGACUCUUGCUAAAGAGGAGGACGCAGAGCUUUACAAUCGUCUCGCUGUUAAUUGGCUGAUUGAAGCAGCUAAACAGGGAAGAAAACGUGCAGCAACAGAACUGCGGCGCUGUUGGAUCCAGAAAAAAGGAAUUACUCCAGAGAAUGAGACUGAUGUGCGCAGGUUGUCAACAGAGAGUAAGUUUGAGCUGGCAGUACGCAAAGCAGCCAUGAUGAUGUACUUUAAGCUUAACCCAGAGAGGAAAAAGAAGGUGGCUGUGGCUGAGAUGCUGGAAAAUGCCAGCCAGGUCCAUGCAGUGCAAGGUGGCACUGCAAGCAGGAUUCCUAGCCCAACCUCAGGCCAGACCCAGAAAGUGUUAGAAAGCAUGGUCGGCAAUGAGUCCAAACAAUUGGUGGACCUGGAUGACUUUGUUGAGAUGACAAAAAAGUAUGCACAAGGUAUUGUCCCCUCUGCACCCAGGAAUGACAGCCAGGUCACAGCCAAGACUGAAAGCUCUAUACCUCACAACAGUGGUUGCAAGACGGAGUUGGUCGAAUCAGGAUGCAAGAAGACCUACAAAAGCUCUUGGAGUUUUGGCCGAAGUGGGAUGAUGUUGGACACUAAGCAGACUGUGGCCAUAAAAAAAGCCAUGGACAUGAAAUCACGCUUAAUGAUGCUUGAGUACCCGCUGCGUUCAGUUGUGGAGAUGAAGGAGCACCUGGUCGACUGGGCAUCACGGGCCGGUGUCCAGUGGCUGAGCACAAUCAUUCCCACGCAUCAUGUCAAUGCACUAAUUUUCUUCUUCAUCAUCAGCAACCUGACAGUUGACUUGUUUGCAUUUGUCAUCCCUCUGCUUGUGUUCUACCUCUCCUUCAUCUCCAUGAUCAUCUGCACACUGCGUGUUUUUCAGAGCAGCAAGGCUUGGGAGAACUUCAGCGCCCUGACAUCUUUGCUGACAUGUUUUGAACCUGGGCUGGAUGUGGAGCAGGCAGAGACCAACUUUGGCUGGAACAACCUAGAGCCGUACCUGUAUUUUAUCCUCUCCGUCUUCUUUGUCAUUUUUUCCUUCCCUGUAGCUGACAAAGGCUGGAUCCCCUGUUCUGAGCUCUCUACUGUAGCCAUCUUCUUUACUGCUGUCAGCUACAGGAGCCUCAGCCCCACUGCUGCGAUCUAUGCAUGCCGAGCAAUGGUCAUAGAGGUAGCAUCAUCUCUGUGUUGCCUGACCCAGUUCCUGCCAGAGAACAUGAAGGUGCUUCGUUUUCUGGGGCACACCUUUGCCACACUGCCACUGGGGGAGUCAGUGGCACUGAAGCUCAGUCUCCCUUGCCUGCUGUAUGUUUACCUGUUUUACCUAUUCUUCAGCAUGGCAAGGACGCGUGGUUUCCGGGGGACUUACUGCUUCCUGGUUCCAUACCUUGUGUGCUUUAUGUGGUGCGAGUUCUCCGUAGUGCUCCUCCAGAAUUCCUCAGCUGUGGGUCUAAUCCGGACCUGUGUGGCCUACUUUCUCUUCCUGUUUGCACUGCCUUUUCUGGCAUUUGGCCUAGCCACCAUGCUCUUCAUCCAAAUCUUCAAGUGGUUCCUCGAGCUGGAACUGACAAAGAUGGUUGUGACCCUGGUAGUAUGUGCGAUCCCUGUCACCCUGCGGCUCUGGACCCGGUUCAGCAUGUCUAUUCUGGAUGUUUUCCGCUCACUGACCCAACACGGCCCUGUCAAACUCAUCUUACUCUGUAUCUCAAUGGUGAUCUUGUUCUUCUCUAUCUAUGUGUACCAUGCAGAGGGGCAGAAGGUGUAUAACUCCACACUGACUUGGAACCAGUACAGCCAGGUGUGUGGACCCCCUGCCUGGGAAACCAAAGGCAUGGCCCAGACACAGAUCUUCUGUAGCCACCUUCAUGGACACAGAGUCACUUGGGCUGGGCGUUUCAAGCAUGUCCGUGUCGCUGAGACGGAGAAUGGGGCACAGUCGGUCAUUAACAUGUUGCCGGUGUUCAUGGGAGACUGGCUGCGCUGCCUGUAUGGAGAGACAUAUCCCAAAUGUGAGCCAAAGAAUUCUACGGUCACAAACCUAACAGUUGCAGAUUUGGCAGCCAGUUCUGCAUCGGCUACCGUUUCACUGCCCCAACUGCUCCGAGUGCAAGAAGAGGAAGAGUUGUGUCAGAUUAAGGCUCUGGCUAAACACACCUGCCAUGUCAAGCGUUUUGACAGCUACCGAUUCGAGGUGACAGUAGGGAUGAUCCAGGGUGGAAGUGCGGAGGCAGACGACCCAGCCAGGGAUAUGAUCCUAAUGGCCAGCCAUGAGUUCAGACAGGUUCUUCUUAAUCUGAACCCUGGUAAUAUGGUGGAGUUCAGCACCAAGCUGGAAGGCCGACUUGGAGCCAAAGCUUCGAAAUUCGAGUUGAAGGCUAUCAACUGUCUGGACUGUGUUUCUUCAAUGUUGACUGGAGCUAGGCAGGUGAAGAUAGAAAGAGACUGGAGACGCACAACAAUGAAAGCCCUGAAGUUUGCAUUUGAUUUUUUCUUUUCUCCGUUCCUGUCUGCAAAAAUCACUGCCUGA